GAUCGUCGCGUUAUAUGAAAAUGUUUAUGAACGAGUCAGUCGUUGGCGCACGCUCGCGCUGUGAACUCGUCCGUACCGCACGCUCCCGCCAUGUCAGAGAAAAUCGAGUAUGAACCAGCGUUUCUGAUCAAAAUCCUAAGGAAAUAUAGAAAGUGCCCUAUCCUAUGGGACACAACGCACCCAGAGUACCAUAAGAGAGACAGAAAAAUGGCAGCAUGGGACAAAAUAGUACAAUUAUGGCAAAAAACCUAUCCAAACGCAAGUCAAUCCGAUAUCAAAACUAAAAUAUUUCAUAUGCGAACGAAUUACAUGCGGCAGAGGAAAAAAGUUGAAAAUAACGCUGGAACAAUAACGUUAUGGUAUUACCCACAUUUGUGUUUCCUCUCCGGUGACGAAAUUGAAUAUGAAGAGUCGGAGUCUGAUGAAGACGAGCCCUUAGUACCUUCAACAAGUCGAAAGAGGAAGGCUUCAACGGAGCAAGAGUCCACAGGAGACUAUCUUCCAGCCAUAAAGGACGCAUCAGCAGCAGCAUUCGGUCACUCAAUAGAGGCCCAACUACAACACUUGUCUAAAAUGCAGCGGUGCAUUGCUGAGAAACUGAUAUCUGACGUCAUUUACCAUGGAAAGUUACAGCAAUUAACAACAGGAGCACAUAUUAAAGUCGAAGAUGAGCAUAGUGUUAAUACUGAAGAUAUAGUUAUACCUCCAACAGAGCCGUCCUGGUAUGAAAUGGAAGGAACUGCGGAACCCACGCCGAGUUGUGUCACAAUGGCCGAUUAUCCGCAGAACAAUGUAGACGAAACGGAAAAUGCAGUGAAUGGUAUCAAAAUUGAAACGGAUGAAAACAGUUUUUAUGUCAGCGAGUAUGUUCAGGAAGUAGAUUAAAGCAAAAUACCUCAUUUAAGUGAUGUUACCAAUUAUAGCUAAAUAUGAUUAAAUAAUUGAUUUUUGAUAAGCAAU